AUGAGCACGACACAAGCUACCUCAAGCCGCUCAUCGGAACCCGUCACCAUCUCGACGCCUACGGGCCACAAGUGGCAGGUGCCCUCGGGUAUCUUUAUCAACAAUGCCUUCCACGCCUCGGCAUCGGGCAAGACUUUCGAGUCGGUCAACCCGGCUACGGGCGAAGUCCUCUGCAAGCUGGCUCUGGGAGGAGCUGCCGACAUUGAAGCAGCGGUUAAAGCAGCACGAACCGCCUUCAACACGGUGUGGGGCAAGAAGUCCACGCCGACGCAACGCUCGCGUCUGCUGCUCAACUUUGCCGACCUGAUCGACAAGCACUUGGACGAACUCGCCGAGCUCGAGAGCAUGGACAAUGGCAAGCCCGUCUGGAUGGCCAGCAGCUUCGACGUUCCCGACUCGGCCGGCUGCUUGCGCUACUACGGCGGCUUGGCCGACAAGAUCGAAGGCAAGACGAUUGAGCAGACCGAAGGCGAAAAGAUCGCCUACACUCGCAUCGAGCCGCUCGGCAUCUGCGGACAGAUCAUCCCUUGGAACUACCCUAUCCAGAUGGCCUCCUGGAAGCUGGGUCCUGCCUUGGCAGCCGGAAACUGCGUCAUCUUGAAACCGGCCGAACAGACGCCGCUGACCGCACUCAAGCUGGCCCAGCUCUCGGUCCAGGCUGGCUUCCCGCCGGGCGUCAUCUCUGUUGUCAACGGAUACGGCGCUGACGUGGGCGAGGCCAUCUCGAGACACAUGGAUAUUCAGAAAGUGGCCUUCACCGGCUCAACAGCCACGGGCAAGCGCAUCAUGAAAGCAGCUGCCGAGAGCAACAUGAAGAAGGUGACGCUCGAGCUGGGCGGCAAGUCGCCUGUGGUGGUGUUUGAGAGCGCCGAUAUCGAGCAAGCGGUUCGAUGGGUGUGCUUGGGCAUCCUCUUCAACCAGGGUCAAGACUGCACCGCUGGUUCGCGCCUGUUUGUCCAGGACAAGAUCUACGAUACCUUUAUGCAGCAGCUCGUGGCGGCAUUCAAGGCGCACAAGGUGGGCGAUCCUUUCCACGAGCUCACAUUCCAAGGACCACAAGUAAGCAAGCAGCAGCACGAGAAGAUCCUCGACAUGAUCGAGUCGGGCAAGCGUCAAGGUGCCAAAGUCGAAGUAGGCGGUCGAGCGUGGCAGAGCCCGGACGCCAAGUUCAGCAAGGGCUUCUUCGUCGAGCCCACCAUCUUCUCUGGGUGCCGCAAGGGAAUGAGGAUCGUCGACGAGGAAAUCUUUGGGCCCGUUCUUGCCGUAGCCAAAUUCAGCACCGAGGAGGAGGCGGUGAAACUUGCCAACGAGACCGAGUACGGGCUGGGCGCCGGCGUGUUUUCCGAGAAUGCCAGCCAGAUCCAGCGCAUGGUCUCUGCGAUCGACGCAGGUACCGUGUGGGUCAACAACUAUGUGGCGCUGAGCAACUCGGUGCCGUUCGGAGGGAUGAAGGCGAGUGGAUUCGGACGAGAACUCGGCGUGGACGCGAUCAAGGCCUACUGCGACGUCAAGGCGAUCCACUGGAACUAUGGCGAGAAGCUCGAUUGGCCCCUUCCCAAGCUCUGA